ACACACCUCAUGCAUUCACAACUCAAAGCUCGUAUCGCCCUCAAUUCAAGUAAUGCGCACAGUGAGGCCGUACCACAUCGUUGCUGCUAGAGGUCAAACGGGGGCUGCGGCGCUUGCCACAGGGAGUCGCCUGAAUAAGUUUCCGCAAAAAGGGGAGUCUCGUAUUUGUGGGUUGAGCUGACAACCGAGGGAGAAUGAGUCGAGGCAACCACCACUUCCAACGAGCGCAUCGCACAGCAAAAGCAGACACGACUCCAGAUGAUGUACGGCGUAUCUAUACAUCCUUCACCAAGCUUUACACCACCCGAGGAUGUGCAGCAAUCUCGGUACAGAGCACAACAUCGCAACUCUAAAGAGUAUAACCUUGCUCUGGAGUUGGAAUUACCGAGGUGAGCCGCUCAAAUUGCAGCCUUACGCGUUCGUGGAGUGGGAAUUGGAAGGCACUCGGAUGGAUUCAGGGGAGGUGAGGGAUGUCAAAGGGGACCCUGCGCUACAACUCGAAAAAGCACAAAGACCGAAACGAACCCGACUGAACAAGGAUUGGCGCAUAUAGGUAUGUGGGCCGCUGACUGCUGAAGCAUCCCCUUCCAUUUCCAAUCACGGUUGAGAAUUGCGGAAGGAUUCCGAGCAAAUUUUGGGUGGUGAUGGUGGUGUAAACACCAGCACAAGUCAUCCGUACACGGGGAACGCUCCCACCAGUUCCAUCUAGGAGAAGACGCCCUACCUUUGACAACUGCAUUCAUAGCUGCAAUGGAAUUAUCAUCUGAUAGCAAGGUAAGCAUAUUUUGGGUUUCAAAUAUCCGAUGAGGGUGGCGCCGUACCGGUAAACUGCCCCGAUGCGUCUGGAUCAACAUGAUCUGCUCAGGAUUCUGUCCCUGUCUGCCAUGUUCGUUUCUCUCGCUUACGUACAGAGAGCGGAUUUGGGUUCCUGCGAAACCUGAACAAGUGUACCGAGAACGUACGUUAUACGUACCUGAAUUUGCUUUCGAGUUUCCACUUUCCUCCGCAAUCCUUCCUUGUCCUGCUUGGUAUUCUUUUUGGCAUUUUUUCUGCUUAUUUUCAAGUAAUUACCACCCUCUCUAGCGUGUAUUUCAGCCGCGUUUGGGGUUACAAAAUAAAUUCUGAGAUUUACUUCUUGCUGCUUCUAUACGCUGCUCACAGCAUUUGUCGACAUGACGGCCCGUUCAAGCGGACGCAAGCCAAGUGAAGCUCUACGAAGUAAGUUGGUGCUCGAUGUGUGAGGGGUACCCUUGAAAAAUACCCAAAAUGUAACCGUCUGCCCUAUCAUAAUGGAUGCACGUUCGCCCGCUCACAACAGGGAUUCUGACCAUUACCCACUUAACAAAAGAUUACUGCGCUAGUGUGCUGUCUGUGCAUGUUGAUUGUAGGGAAUACUAGCGCUGACUUUCAAUUCAUACAUAGAGCUUCACUCCUCCGCGAAGUCACUCUUUCACUCGUCAACUAUUUCUUCAUUGAAAAGUUACUUGAACAUCUAAUCGCAGUCCUUCGUUUUAUCUGCGUCAAACCGACUUGCUGCUGCUUAAUAUUUUGCUUUUUUUUACUGCCCCCUAAUCUAAUCAUGAAAUACACAACCAUUAUUGUCGGCGCUAUCGCCUCUGUCACCAGCGCUCACAGCGUCUCCAGUGAUGCCAAUGCCGUCGUUCCACAAUUGCUGGGUGGGAGAAAGUUCCUCUCAGAGAUGAAGGCUCGAGGCGCUUUGCCAGAUGCAGCUGUUCCAGCUCACAUUGAAGCCAAGCGCGAAGUUGUGGAGAGACAGAAUACCGAGGGAAGAUGCGGACCCGGGUUUGGAUCGUGCGCGACAGGAUGCUGCUCAGGUGCUGGGUAAUUAUUCCCUCCUUUUGAAGGUAGCAUGUGUUAUUUGAAGUCUUGGACUAAUGAAACUGAUCAGAUGGUGUGGAAUUACCGAGGAAUACUGCGCUGCCCCGGACUGCCUCUAUCAAUAUGGACCCGGUUGCGAUGCAAACAAAAUUCCUGCCGGAGCAUCUACCGCAAGCAUUGCCAGACCAAAGGUUGGAAGUGUCCCAUAUGGUGGAGCCGGGAUUUACGACUGCUCGGUUGCUGGAGGUGAGAUACCCUGUCUGAGAGUAUACUUCAAAUACUAAAUUGUCGCCUAGAUAUUGCCCUCACUUUUGAUGAUGGACCAUACUCAUACACCUCUGAUCUGUUAGACAAACUUGCUGUCUAUGGGGCUAAAGCCACUUUCUUCAUUAGUAUGUUCAAAUUCCUGGCUCGAAACUUGAUACCAACCACAAUACAGCUGGAAACAAUCUUGGAAAGGGUGCGAUCGACACCACUCCGCAGUGGUCAGACAUCAUCAAGCGUAUGGCUGCAGAAGGUCACCAAAUUGCUUCUCAUACCUGGUCUCAUCAGAAUUUGUCCUCCUUGGACCCCGUAACUUUCGACAACCAAAUGAUUCACAACGAAAUGGCUAUCAGAAACAUUCUUGGAUAUUUCCCAACAUAUAUGAGACCUCCUUAUUCCGAAUGCAACUCUACCUGUGGUGCCCGUCUCGCAAACCUUGGAUAUCACGUUACGUGUAAGUACACUGGAGGAUUUUCAUGAGGAAUAAGAUGUUCAUUUGUACUAAUCCUUGAUUAGACUUUGACUUGGAUACCGCUGGAUACUUGAACCCAACCCCAGAAUCGAUCCAAAACUCAAAAAACAUUUGGGAUGCUGCAAUCAACCCUUCCAACCCUGGGCGUGACGCUUUCUUGCAAAUUGAACACGACAUUCAACCGUUGAGUGUCUACAACCUCACUGACUAUAUGCUUGCUUCCAUGCGGGCAAAGGGAUAUAGAGGUGUCACCGUCGGUGAUUGUCUUGCCGACCCAAAGGCAAACUGGUACCGUGGAAACACUCCAACUACUCCAACACCACCUACCGGGGGAUUGGCCAUUAGCACUGAUGGGACCUGUGGAGCAACCACUACCUGCGUAGGAUCAACAUUCGGUAACUGCUGCAGCCAGUACGGAUGGUGCGGUAGCACUGCAGACCACUGCGGAGCUGGAUGUCAGGCUGGAUCGGGAACUUGCACCGGUUCACAGGUACGCUAGCUGUUUUCUUCUCUACUUGUCAACUCCUUGGUGGCUACGCCGUUGAAAGAGCGUAAAGUGAAUUCCUUCAAGAAGGCAAGGGCAUAAUUUAAAGUCUAUAUCUACUCAUGUUUUCUUUUGUGUUUUUUUUUGGCCUCAUCGUCCAACGAAAUAUCGAUUUCCAUCCCCACGUCACAAGAAUCAAAACUUUUUCAAGUCAAAAUCUGACAUUUUCUGCAAAGACUCCUCCAACCACACCAGCAAAGCCAGUUUCCACCGAUGGAACUUGCUCUAGCACAACUACUUGUGCUGGCUCCACGUUUGGAAACUGCUGGUAAGUACACCUAGACCUUUCGAAAGGGUUACAUUGCUAACGAGUUUUCCAGCUCCCAGUAUGGAUGGUGUGGAACUACCGCUGAUCACUGCGGCACUGGCUGCAACCCACUCGGUGGAACUUGCAACUAAAGACAUACAGUUUUCUUUUGAAUAAUGAGCUAGGACUCGGGAUGAUUUGAUAUAUACAUGAACCGAAAAAGUGAAUUGAUGGUUGUUACAAAAAUAGGAAAUGUAUGUAGUGGUAUGGAACCUUUGAACACUUUAGCUAGUGGUUUAAUGUGUUAACGAUAAUACAACUUUUUUUUGUCACGCAAGU